AUCAUCUGUGAAUGAAUCGAUCAAAUAAUGAUGGAUCGUACAUUUUCAAUACAAUCAAAUGAUCAAACCAACAACGAUUUUGCUGUAGAACAAUCAACAUAUGAUUCAACGAUUAUGACCAUUAAUCGCCAAAAUCCAUUCAAUAAUCAUCAUUAUCAUCAUCAUCAUCGAAAAAAACGAUUAUUUUUCGGCCAUCAAUUACCAUCAAAUUAUUUGCUGAUAAAAUGGAUACUGAUCAUAUGGCUAAUCGGUGGUAUAGCGCUUUAUUUAUUGGAUAUUUUCUUGUUCCGUGUAUCAUCCACCAUUCAAGAUAUUGUAAAUUUACCAUCAGAUUUAAUAUUCCUGUUUGCCAUUUGUAAUAAUUUCUCAUUGAUAAUUGCCAUUUUGAUGGAAUUACGGCCAUUAUUAAUUGUAUCGAUAUUUGUUGAUUGUUUACUACUUGUUGCAAUACCAGCAUUAAUUGUUGAAGUUGUUCCCAAUCUAUUUACAUAUGCAUCAUUAAUGAUAUCGAUAAUUUUAUCCAUUUAUUAUGGUGUACUUUAUAUGCGUUAUCCAUUAUUCUAUAUUGAUAAUACUAAUCAUCCAUACGACAACAUGAUGAUCGGUAAUAGAAAUCGAUCAAAUCUACCUUAUGAUUAUUUUAGCACAAUGACUGCUGCUGCUAAUUCCACACAUAGAUUUUCAUUCAAUUCUUCACCACCACCACCACAACAACAACAACAACAACGACAACAACAACCACAAUCACCACUGCAAUCACAACAAUCAACAAAUGAAUGUUUGACCAUUUCUGGCCAAUUACAACCUAGACGUUCAUGUCAAUUUUGAAAAAAACUGAUUUUCUUU